GCUAUUUAACUUAUUGUGGAAAAGAGUCCAAAAUUUUACUCCAAUUUUCCAUGCCUGCCCAUCAUAAUCGAUAAUAACGAUGAAUUGGCGACGACGAUGAUGACGGUGACAACGACGACGGGUGGCGAAUGCCAUCGAUUAAGAUGGGUUUGGCGAAUCACUGAAUCGCGACAAACUGUCUCGAACAGAAUUACCGGUAGGCUAUAAAAGUAUCACCGAUGCCAUCGGAAUGUUCAUUACCGUGUGCAACGGAAACCGGAUCGGUAGUUCGCUAAUCGAACGUACGACGCGUGUGCGCGUGUGUGUGUUAAGUGAAAUUAUAAGAAGACCAAGGACUACUGCGUAGUCUGCGAAACAGUGAAGAAAUGCAGUGACAUGUGCAGCAAGUAGGAAGACGAACAAAAAACCGGUAGUUUAGUGUGAGGACAACGCCUGUACUUUUGAUCUCGUGUAACACUGCGAAAGGAAUUGCACACCACGCAUCAUGUCGUACAUCGGAAACGCUUCGGAUGUAGAGCAGGAGAAAAAUUUGACCGAAUAUCGGCGACAACGCAGCUCCAGCAAUCUAAUGCAGGAAAGCUCAAAGUCCGGACGCAGUCCGAAGCUCUCCGAUGUGCUGUGGAACGACAAACGGGCCAACCAAACCGACGACGAUGACUCGGAGGUGUCGGACAGUGAAAACUUCCUGGCCAAGGGUGCCUUCCUGCUGACACCAUCGCACGAGCUCUCGAUGGAUCGAGCGGCUCUGAUUUGCGAAAAGAUGAACUUCAAAGGUUGCUUUAGUCUAACGAAAACGGCCACUGGAAUACUGUUCAAAUUUUCUAAUCCAGAGGACUACCAGGCCGUCUUCAAGAAGGGCUUCCACAAGGUAACCGGGGCCCGAUUUUACAAAAAGGUCGCCAUUCCUUGUAGACCCCAGAAAACUUUCAUGCUCUACGUAUUCGACGUUCCGGAGGACGUACCUGUGGACGACAUCCGCCACUCGCUGUACCGAUUCAAUUCGGUGGUGGAAGUUGUCCGUCUAGUGGUGCAUUACCAGAAAUCAUCCAACCAGAACUCGCAGGAAUCCGAACAGAUGCCAUCGGGUACGGCCACACCGAAACCCCAGCUACCUAAACUGUCAACGGCGAAACCGAUUGACGAACAAGACGUGGGUUUGCAGCGUGAAUCUCCGCCACCGCCCAUCCGGAUUACGCUGGCCUCUAUCGAUGAGUAUCAUCAUCUGCUCCAGAAUGGUCUCGAUUUUUACGGCGCAACAUUCUUCCCAACUGAGCCAACGCUUCCGGCCCAGGCUGCCAAAAUUGCCACCAAGAAAGGAAGCCGUAUGAUUGACGGUAGCAUACCAGGGCGUGUCCGUGAGCUGCUCCCAGUGUUCGACGCCGCUGGAUUCAGCAAGAUUCCACCGCCGGCUUCCAAGACGAUCAAACCGCGCUCAUAAGACUUCUCUUUCAUUCUUGACUCCGUGACACGCUCUAGUUCUCUCUCUCUUGCGCGCGCGCGCUCUUCUAGAUUAAACCCAACCAUGAUCGAAAAAGGUGUUAUUGUUAGCGGAUCAAUAAAAAAAACAUACGUUUGCCAUUUUGAUUGUAUCCUGUAACCUCACAAUAGUAUGCUUCACAGUUGAGUAGCUUUUAAAUUUAUCUAUCACCAUUUUAUAUUAGCUUUAUAAUCGUACCGAGCGUAUAACAUAAGCAAUCAACAGUUCCUCUGUCGUUAAGCGUUUUGUCUUUGAUUUUUUUUCCUCGUAUUGUAAUUGUUACUUUAGUACUGUAGCGAGUUAAGUAAGAAGCAUCUCACACAUACACUAUAGUAUACUGUUCAAACAGAACCAUAUUGCCGUAGGUUGAGUAAAUAUUUUACUGCGUAAGUUUAUAAUAUUUGAAAUAAAAUGCUGAUGCUGA